AUUAUUUAUUUUAAAAUUUCAGUGUACAUUUAUUAAAUUUUGAAAUAUUUUGUAUUUUAUUUUACAAAAUAUUGGCAAUUAGGGGCGAUUUUGCCCGCGAAUGGAAGAGCAGAGCAAAAAAGAAUUGGUGGCUCUUUUAGAAAGACAGAAAGAGCAAUUAAAAAGAUAUGAGGCCAGGCUGCGAGAUGUUGUCCAGGCUUACAAAGGGUUACAGAAAGAAAAGAACGUGUUAGAGAAGAGUUUACGGGCUUUGAGUAGUGACAAUGUUGAAGUUGGUUCUGCAGAGAAGUUCCACGAUGUACAUCUAGAUGACAGGAAAGUUGUGAGAGUGGAAAAUGAAAACACCACCAAAUUAAGUUCAGGAGAACCAAAACCUCAGUUACCUAAACCUGAACAAGCGCAGGAACUAAGUGCCACAUGCCAGAUGAGUGAUCAAACAGGCUUGCAGGCUCAGCUAAAAACACUUCGUGAAGCAUUGGAUACCAUUAUGGAGCAAAAAACAAAGAUGGAAAACUCAUUUCAAGCUGAUAGAAAAAAAUUUUUGCAUGAACUUGAAAUAAAAGAGGCUUGUUUUGCCAAAGAAAGAAAUGAAUUCUCUGAACUCAAAGAAAGCAUGCAGAAGGAUAUUCAAGAGCUACGGAUUCGCACUCGUGGUGAACAACAAGCACGUGAGACGGAACAAAAUGAUCAUGUCAUGAUGUUGAAAGAAAUGCAAGUACUUGUUGCUAAGGAAAGAUUGGCGAGGGAGGAACUUGAGAAGAAUAUUGAACGUCUUGAAAAAUCAUUAAACGAAAAAGAAGCCCAGGGCUUUAAGGGUCGACUGAGAAAAUCAGAUGAUGUAACGUUGGUGAACUUGGAAGGCUCACAUGUUGGAAGAAGUUUAGAUAAAAGCAUCCAGGUUUCGGAUUCACCUGCCGCGUUGAUUAAAUUGGAAGAAGAGAUGAGGAAGAUCAAACUACAGCUUGAAAAUGAUAUUUUAUCCGAACAAAAACGCGCCAACGAAGCUGAAAAAAAGGCGUCUUUUGUUGCGAAAGCUGAAGAACAACGUGUAGCUGAUCUUGAGGCCAAGCUUUCAGAGCUGUCCAAUGUGGUUGGCAAGUACGAGAGAUUAAGGUCACAUGAUCUGAUGGAAAUUAAAAAAUUAAAGGAUCGUAUUCACAUGUUCACCACAACGUCUAAGGAUGACCUCAUGUCAGACAAUAAGAAUUUAAGGAAUGAUUCGAGCUUCGAUAACGAAAACCUGGACGGCGUGCUUCGUAAGUUGAAGGAAGUCCUGCGAUUUCGUUAUGAAAAUCGAGAAGAGAUUGCUGAAUCGAGUGAUAUUGGUAUCAGUAAAGCUGAUCUUGAGUGCAUUCUCCAAAACGACCCUGCUCACAAAGCUUGCCGUGAGGAACUUCGACAACUGAAAGAUGAAUUCGAGUGUUAUAAGUCAAAAAUACAAAUGAUGAGAAAGUCUCGUGCCGAAGAUGAGACUGAGUCUAACAGUAAAGAUACAGAAAAAUUUAAAAAUCGUAUUAAAGACCUUCGAACAACCUUGGAGUCCUUACAGAAACAGCUUGAUGAUAAAAAUUCCGAGCUAGAAGUGCUUCAAGAAAGGCUGUCCUGUGAAAAGACUGAUCUACAGAAAUUACAUAAUUCGGAGUUGGACGUCCAGCGAACGAUCUACGCUGCAAAAAUGCAGGAAAUUGAAAAACAAAUGCAGAAUCAGCGAAGCAGAACAAUGUCGUUGGUAAAUGAGAAAGAUUGUGAAAUUGAACGGCUAAAAAAGAAAAUAGCUAUGGAGCUUGCUGAUGCACCAUCUAUUCACAAGAAUAAUACAACAAUCUCCUUAAGGAAUAGCUCUUCGGACGAUGCGGUUAAUGAACUUCUGUUGCAGUCAAGCCCAUCAUCUUUGGUGCACAAUGCCCAGGAGCAAGCGUAUUGCGAAGCAGAAUUUGUGAUGCUUAAGAAACAACGUAGGGAACUUGAAGAAUCUCUGCAAGAAGUCCUUAUCAGAGAGGAACAAGCCUCUGAACAAGUUGAUGUAUUGAAAAAGGAGAUUCGAAAGCUAGAGCGAAAUUGUUCUCGUGAAAAUGCUAAUUUGGAAUACCUGAAGAACGUCAUUUUGCGAUAUCUUCUCACAGAAAGCGACUCAGUUCGACAACAAAUGGUGGCUGCUAUUUCAACCAUUUUAGAAUUUAGUCCACAAGAGAUAUCUCAUGUAAAACAAGCAACAAAAGGAUGGUGGGGAAAAUAAUUGUAGGAAUGGGAAUUUUCUCGAAAUAUUCUCAAAAAUUGGCAAAAUAUCAUACAAGGAGCCAUACCAGAACUGGAAAUGUCCGACACAGCCGCUAUUCAAUCAGGCUUGAAUGCAUUUAACUUAACUUAACCUUGCAAAAUUAAAUUUUUUAUCCGGUGAUUUUCAUUUAAUUCAUUCAACAAAGUUAUCCUAGGAACAUGCAAAAGAAGCUUGUCACAAUUUACGUGUUAGUAUUACGGUAACCAUUGAGUAUUUUGAUUUAAUAUAUAUAAUUAUAUAGAACAAUAGAAAGCCCCUGAAAAGUACAUAUUUUGAAAAGUGUAAUUUCAAUCUUUCGUUUCGUUAACGUUGUCGUUACAUUUCCUUUUUUGAUAACGUGCCCUGAUGAUAACUGUACUAUAGUUUGUGGAAAGUGAACGUAGUAUUCAGAUUUUUCUAAAUACUACUAUACCCCAUGUUAGCAUAUAGUAUAUCUAGUAUAGGUACCUUACCGUAUCCUGUGUGUAAUACUGAUAGUUUGGCAAGCUAUAAACAUCGAUCUAUUUCUAUUUUCUGCGAUCUGUUUGAUAAAAUAAUUCCUAUUUUGUAAGCU